AUGUCCUCGUCUAGUGGACAUCCACUUAAUAUAUCUGAACAACAGAAAACAGUUUAUAUGUCGGAGGAUAACCCGGGUCCGACUACAAUGUCAAAUAAUACUACUUGUAUUACUAAUCAUGAAGUAUCGAAAGAGCAACAAAUUGUUUAUGGCACGGCUCCAGUAUUAUAUCAACCGUACAGAAUGCCUCAAUCUUAUGUGUGUGUUCAACCUACAGCAAACAGUCAAAUUGUUAAUCAAUAUUCACCAAAUCAUAUAGUAAAUCAACACCAACAUUAUCAGCAACAAGUACCAUUCACUAGUAACGCUCCAUCUGCGUAUGUGCAACAAGCGAUGUUUCAUUCAAACAUGAAUCCGCAACAAGCGAUGUUACAUUCCAACAUGAAUCCACAACAAGCAUUAUUGUCUUCUUAUCAUCCGGGUGUUAAUACUAAUAUUCUGCUUUCUUCAUCAAUGACUAAUCCUAAUAUUUCAUCAACACCAAUAUCUGCUACUACCAAGAGAGGUCGCAAUGACACCAGUGGCGUUUCGGAAUCGAAUGGGCAAGAACGACCGCAAUAUUAUCAGACAACUCGUAUUUUUAAUGCUCGUAAUACACCUAACAAGCGUCAUCGGGGAUUUAAUCAACAGCAAAAAGAAAGUUGGCAACAAAAUCAGUACAAUCAAAACCGGGAAGAACAACGUACCCAUGAUAUUACAGAAGGAAGAAACACCGCAGAAUCAGCAUACGACAAUCAACAACCGUCAAUGGCAGCCUGUCGAUAUGCUACAUCUCGUUUUCCGUUCUCACCGUUCUCGAUAAUCUUCUCGCAACAAGCUCGCGAAAAAAUCGUCAUCGAUGAUCUAAUUAAACAUGCAAGCGAUAAUUGUCAUUUUGAGUUAAAAACUGUUGCUUAUCGACGUGGUCGUUCGGAAAAUAAUGAGUGUCGGAUUCUUAUUUUCGUCGAGAACAGCGAAUCUUUUUCGUUCCUAUACGAACGUAAUAACUGGCCUACAACACUAGCCGGACAAGAAUUUACAACAAAAAGUCCAUCAAUUCCUCCACAGCUAUCGUUAGUUAUUCCGGCUGUCUCAUUACAAAUGGAAUGGGAGGAUUUCGUACAUGAUCUGAAAGAAAAAUACCCGGGCAUAGCAAACAUUAUACGUUUAAAAAAUAAAGCACAACAACCAGUACGAGCAGUUAAACUGGAAUUUUUAUCGGCGAAAGUACGCAAGGAAAUAUUAGAAGCAAAUGAAAUCACGGUCAUGCAUUUAAAACUAAAAGUAGUCGAGUUUUUUACACAUGCCAAUGUAUUGAUUUGCUCAAACUGUUACGGAAUAGGACAUUUUAGAAAGAAUUGUCCUCAGAAAAAUGAAGCAACAUGUAAAACCUGUGGAGAGAAAUGUGCAAACUUAAAGGAUCAUCAAUGUUCCGGAGUGCUAAAAUGUGUUCAUUGUGGUGGACCACAUAUUUCAAACGAUGCAAAAUGUAAAGUAGUACAGGACUAUCGAGUUGCUCUCACUCGUAAUCUUCUUUCAAAAUUGGACUCAGCAAACACAGAAAAUCAUAAUACGGGUCUUAUUUAUAGCAGUAGUAUCCCGUCUGCUAGAACCACUCAGGGUGGAUCCUAUGCUGACAUGGUUAAAACAAUGUCAUCAAACGCAAAUGAAGUAGUCCUAAAAAAACUAGAUAGUGUCUUAACAAAAGUGGAAGAAGAAUCCAAUGUAACCCGUCAAUCCUUAGAAGAAUUUAAACAAGAAAUGAGAAAUAGCUACAAUGAACCGAAACAACAAGUUAUAGAAAUAGAAGAAAAGGUGAAAGAAAUGGAGAAGAAAUUGGUGGAAUUCUCAGGACGGAUUGGUGAGAUUAUGCAGAACAUAUGCACAACUCUAUUGGACCCACCAAGCUCUCAAGGACAACAAUGGAAAUUGUAUUGGCAAGAACAAAUUAAAACAUUGAUUGAAGCCAGGGCAUCGUUAUCAAAAGCAUCGCUAUGA